AUGGAACAUCAGAACCAAACAAAUAUUGUCAGGCUCGUUGUAGUUGGUAUUGGUGGUGUCGGAAAAAGCGCUCUCACUCUCUUUUUCAUGUAUGAUGAGUUUGUGCAAGAUUAUGAACCAACUCGCGUUGAUUCUUAUCGUAAACGAAUAACUGUUAAUGGCGAAGAAGUCAAUCUCCACAUUUUGGAUACCGCUGGCGAGUUAAACGAUUUNUGUUUAAUCUGUGGUGAUGUUGCGGGAUUUGAAACAUCACGAAUAUUCCGAAAUUUUACGCUUAGAUCACUUCACUCUCAGUCAGUGGCCUUCCUUACACUCGCCCAACAGGUUUACUCCUUGAAAGUGUCCCAACGAAACCAACACCCAGGUGUCCAACCUAAAAAAAGUGGACAACGCAAGAAGAGAUGCAGUAUUCUGUAA